AUGCUGUUACACGUUCAUACAAGCAGUGGUUAUAGAGAAUCAUUACAUAGAAGUUUAAGUAGAAAGAGAGAUCGUACACUCUCAUUUUAAUUGAUCUCUAGAACUUAAUUGACUGAUCUCACCAAUUAAGGUACAUCCAAGUUUGGGAAAGAAGAACCAAAAUUUGAAUAAAAGAGACCAGAAUCUAAGAAUUUGAAAUCGAAAAAUUGUAAAAAGAAACUAAAUAAACAACCUUCAUAUCUUCCUGAGAUGACUCAUUAUUAGAAAAUAUUGCAAAAAUACUUAUGA